AUGUUGGAAUCGGCAGCGCACAGCAGCUCUGAUUCCUUCCCCAACACUGCCCUAAACCUUCCCCUCAACUUGAAUUCUACUUUGACCAAAGAUGAGCGCAUCGAUCUCAUCAAGGAGCAGGCUUUCAAGUCCUUUAAGCUGAAGGCUGAAAAGUGGAAUCGCUUCGUCUCGACAGAGGAGAACCAAAGACUUUUAUUGGAUUUCUUGGAUGAAGGUCAACAUCCUUCGCUGGUCCUUUUCACCGGCCCUGGGGGCAAUCUGUAUGCAGGUGAUGGGCAGGUAGGAGCAAAAUACAUAAAGUGUUGGCGUGUUCAGAAGUGGAAAGACCUGUGGGUUUGGGGAGCUAAGGACAGGUCAUUCACUUUAGGAGUCAAUUAUUAAAGGACGUGGUGGUGCUGUUGUUUCCAGAUGUGCGAAGCUCAGAGAGGAGGAUAGGAAUAAUUCAUACCACUUUGUUGUAUGUGGUGGCUAUGAGGAGGCAGCUCUCAAGAAUAAAGUGAGCUUUUUGCUGAACUGUUGGCCAGGAUAUAGAGGAGAAAUAUUAUGACGAUUCCUUUCCAAACCUUUAUUUGUGUGUGUGUGUGAUUCUGAUGCCCUAACUGAACUACAAAAAGGUGAAUGGCAUGGUGCCAAAUACUGAAAAAAUGAAUUUGGGCCCUAUGAAAUCAUGCUGGAAUCCUAACUCCAUUUACUGAGGAGUAAGUCCCAUUGAAUUACUUCUGAGUAGACAUGGUUAGGAUUGUUCUGCUAUUUUAUAACAUUUUUCAUAUCUCAGCAGGAAGGUAAAUAGUUUCCUUCACUAUGCUGCUAUACACAAAGGGUGUGUAUCUAAUAAUAAUAAUAAUAAUAAUAAUAAUAAUAAUAAUAAUAAUAAUAAAAAAUACCCCCCGACCAUCUUACUUGGUUACCCCAGCCACUCUGGGCAGCUUCCAACAAAUAUCUAGGCAUAGUAAGACAGCAAACAUUAAAAACUUCCCUUUACAGGGCUGCCUUCAGAUAUCUUCUGAAAGUUGUAUAGUUAGUUAUCUCCUUGACAUCUGAUGGGAGGGUGUUCCACAGGGUGGGCGCCACUACACAGAAGGCCCUCUGCCUAUGCACAUGUCUGAGCGAGCAAACACAUUCCUGUUCCAUUGAUCUGAAAGACUAUGGUGGUCAUAUAGGAUUCGGGUGUCAAGAAAAUACACUGACAUAAAAAAGCUGAUGAGACUGAUAUAUACAGCAGCUUUUGACAAAUGUAUGUAUUAAUCCACCAACUAAAUACAGCAAAACUGGGGACUGGGAAAUGUCCAUUUGUGUAUUCCUACUUUCUUAUACCAAAUUGUUGUGCAUGAACAAUGCAUACACAUUAUUUCUGCUGUUUGUUGGAGGGUUAUUAAGUCAAGUUAGUGUUUGUGUUUGUGUUAUUAUCCUGCUGCAGUAAGAUCCCCACAAUUCAUCUGAUACUCUGCACAACUCUGGGAAAUCUGAAAUAACAACAACAACAACAAUAAUCUGGGUUUUCCCAGCUUUGGAUAGAUUGCUCCACUUUCUCAUGAUUAUGACAACAAGGGCAGACUUAACAGUGCAGCUUUCUUAAAUGUGUACAGAAUGUUUUGAAUUUUUUUAAGGGCUGGUAUUUCUUGUUUUAUUUGUCCCCCAGACACCGAUUUCUUGGAAAACAAAGCUUCUCUAUGUUUUGCGGAAAAGGACAGUAACCAAAGUAUCCCAGUUUGGCUACAAGCAGGAGAUAGAAUUGGGAGAGGUCUCAUCUCGACUUCUUGACCAAGUUCCCAUUCUCAUCAGCCAGGUAAUCUAAAAGAUGUGACUGCAUGCCACUGAUUAUAUUCAAAAAUUUCAACAUGACUUUUGUUUCCCUGUGUUUCCAUAUUCCACAUACCUGCAUUUAAUUGGGUAGCAGGCUUGGAAGGUGAGUGGCUAACUAUUGGGUCCACUGGAACUUACAUUAUCUACUUAAUGCUCCUUAAAUUCUUUCGAGGUGUCUUUGGUGAAAUAAGAGGAGCUCAUUAUAAAGAAUGCUGAGAGGGCCAUCUCAUCUUUCCGGCUACCUUGCCAAAAUUAGCUAUACCUGCAAAUAUAGGUCAUCAGCUAGCAAAUAUUUUGCUGAAUAGUUAAAAUGAGAUUUGUUUGAUUAAGUGGCUCAGCAAAUUUAAUGCUUAUUUGCAAAAAGAAAGAAAGCUGAAGGGGGAAAUGGUUUGCAGUUAUCUUUCUCUUACGGAAAAACAAAAACCGCAGCAGCACAUUAUUUGGUAGGACUUCGCAUCAAUGAAAACAUCUCUCUCAGGUUUCAGGUUUCUGACCACAUCCAGUGCCAGAUUUAUAAGCUAAACAAGCUCUAGCUUAGGGCCCCACUCUCUUGGGCCCCCCCAAAAAAUAAAAGGGGAAAAAACUCCCAGGAUGUACAUUUCCAAAAUAAAAUAUAAAAAACAAAUAAAAUAAAGCCCAUAUACAGCAACAGUGUUUUGUGUUGUGUAGGCUCCUAUGAUGUAAGUCAGGGGUCAGCAACCUUUUUCAGCCGUGGGCUGGUCCACCGUCCCUCAGACCAUGUAGUGGACCGGACUAUAUUUUUUUUGGGGGGGGGGGGAAUUGAACGAAUCCCUAUGCCCCACAAAUAACCCAGAGAUGCAUUUUAAAUAAAAGCAUACAUUCUACUCAUGUAAAAACACGCUGAUUCCCGGACCGUCCUCGGGCCGGAUUGAGAAAGCGAUUGGGCUGCAUCUGAUCCCUGGGCCUUAGGUUGCCUACCCCUGAUGUAAGUAAUGGAGGCCUGCUAGCCUACAUAUUUUGUUAUGUGCAAAUGGCUUUGGAUACCUAUUAGGUCCAUAAAUUACCAUAUAGCAUAUAUUCAAUGCAAAAAACCAGUGACAAUUUGUUGUUGACAAAGGACAGCUGGACAUAUAAAGGGCCCCAUUACCUUCCGUAGCUUAGGGCCUCAUCAAACCAAAAUCUGGCCCUGACCACACCUCAGACAUACUUACUUCUAUACUUGAUGACAGGUUCUGUUGGUCAUUCUUUCCAACCCGGAAAAUUUCUGCGGCUGGCCCAGAGUAGCGCUGGAGGAUGCAAGGAAGCAUGUUGAGAUGCUCAAAAACACGGUGUACGUUCUGCAAGGGCACGUGGCAAGGAGGACAUACCUACCCCUCCCCACACUGACAGAAAAUUUUGAUGACGUGGCAAUGUAAGUAUUCGCGUUGGGUUCACAUUUAGGAAGCGUAUGUAUCCUUAACAUACUUUCAAAGCGCAUCCCUCAAAGAAUUCUGGGUGCUGUAGUUGUGUUAAGGGUCGCUGGGCAUUGUAACUCUGUGAGGGAUAAACUACAAGUGCCCAGAAUUCUUUGAGGGAAAGAAUGUGCUUUAAAAGGUAUAGUGUGUCCACUGCCAUGUUGUUGUUGUUGUUUAGUCGUGACUGACUCUUUGUGACCCCAUGGACCAGAACACGCCAGGCACUCUUGUCUUCCACUGCCUCCCACAGUUUGGUCAAACUCAUGUACACUGCCAUAGUCUUCAUAUAUUGAAAGCACAUGUUGAGGGGGUUGUGGGGUCAUGGUGGCUAGCUCUGCAACCAUAUCAGUAAUACACAUUUUAGUCAUGUCUCCCCAACAGCUGGACCUUGGGCAGCUGUGUGAAGUGAUCUAUAGAGGUACCUAUGUACCUAUGUUCCCCUAGUGAGGGAGAAUCUUUAUGUGGUUGCUACCUAUGACAAUGGUCAGCAUCUGGGUUGUUGCUGGGAUAUAACAACAACAACAACAGCAACAAGAACAACAACUUAUUAUUUAUACUCCAACCGCUCUGGGUGGCUCCCAACAUAUCAUCAUCAUCAUCAUCAAUAAAGUGAUAAAACAUUAAACAUUAAAAAACUUUCCUAAACAGGGCUGCCUUCAGAUGUCUUCUAAAAGCCAGAUGGUUGUUUAUUUCCUUGACACCUGAUGGGAGGGUGUGCCACAGGGCAGGUGCCAAUACUGAGAAGGCCCUCUGCCUGGUUCCCUGUAACCUCACUUCUCACAGUGAGGGAACCGCCAGAAGGCCCUCAGAGCUGGACCUCAGUGUCCGGGCUGAACGAGGGGGGUGGAGAUGCUCCUUCAGGUAUACUGGGCUGAGGUAUAGCCCCACAAUCUCCCCACACAUGCUUUCAAUGCAUUGUUGUUGCUUUCAUGUGAACACUGUACUAUUUCUGUACAUAGCUAUCAGCUCUCUGUCUUGCAGCCAAGGCCAGAUUACUUACCCAGAUUACUUCCAGAUUCUAUUGAUGGGCUGUUACUGGGUUUUAUUAGUCCAAUUCGUGUCCUUCAGCAGUGAGCCAUUAAAAAAAGGAGCCUCAGAAUGGCACAACAUUGGUCCCAAUUCAGUUUGUACUUAGGCACGACUGGUUGGGCCAAAUGUAAAUGAACAACUGCAUUCAAAUGCAUGCAUGCCUUUAUGCUCAAGCCUUUGAAAUUAUUGCAGCGUGGGUGGAUGACAGUUGCAUUCCAGUGCUACACCCAGCCCUAGGCUUUGGCUUGCUUUGAGCAAUUCAAACUAUAAUAGCACACUUUCAAGAUGCAAUAAGUGAGAAGUGCAGUUUAUAGAGCAAUCCUAUACAUGUCUUGCUUGCUGGCUAUACAUGCCCACUCAUAAGUCCUAUUAAGUUCAAUUGGUUAGUGGAUAUAAGAUUGAGGCUCUAUCUAUCUAAUUUAUUAUUUGCUAUUGUGUGCAUUUACCCUGUUAAUGGUUAAUACAAAGUCUCACUUUCAUGCCCAUGUAACCGGAGGAAUGAAAUCUGAACUGUCACCAAGUAUAAAUAAUAGAAGAUAAAAUUAAACGGCUACACGUUUCCAAGAUCAGUGUUGAAUUUCUAUUUCUUCUUUCCCUUUCUUUCUUUUUUUUUAAACCAUAGGACACAUUACACAGAAACAGCUUUGCUGUAUACAGUUGAAACCAUGGUAGUUCAGUGGACCCAUCUCAUAUCUGAUGUGCUAAGAUUGGAUUCAGCUCAGCUGCUUUUACAGGGAGAAAACCCCGGGCCUUCUGCAGAAAUUCAAUUUUGGCAGCAGCAAAAGGAAAAUCUGCUGGGAAUUUAUGAGCAGGUAAGACAGAUGUAGCAGGAGAUGUUAAAACACUAAACCAAUCAGUAACUUCAGGCAUGUGCAUGGUAUGGUAAGUAGGAAGCUGCCGUUGACCAAGUCAGACUGCUCAGGUGUUGUCUCCUCUCAGUGACAUAGUGUAGGUUGCCAGUGCCCGGGGCCACAUGGAGGGGGUUGGUGCAAGAGAGGGAAAUGGAUCCAGUACUUAUGCACAUUCAGCUGCCUAACAGUGCCCAGAUCACCAAGGACAUCACAGCCGCAGAGAUAGGAAAAGAAGAGUCUCCAGCUGUUUUUGGACUACAACUCCCAUCAUCCCUAGCUAGCAGGACCAAUGGUCAGGGAUGAUGGGAGCUGUAGUCCAAAAGCAGCAGGAGACCCAAGUUUGGGAAACCCUGGUAUAAAGAGACAAAUGGUUAUCAGGAGGACUCUUUAAUUUCACCCAUCCCAAGUGGUUCAUUACAUCAAAACUGGAUCUCACCCUGCUUGGACCUUCCUCUUAUUAAAAGGAAGAUCCCAGCUGCUAUGGGUCCAGCUUCCCAGCAACCCUUCAUAAAAAAAGUGAUCUGAAACUGGACAGCCAUCACUUCAGCCAGUACUUGCUCUGAGAAUUAAAGUAACUUCAACACAGUGUUGAGCCAGGGAAUCUUCAGAGAGGAACUUGAAGCAGCUGCAUUCUAUGGUUCUGAAAUAUCCAGAUGUUCCUUAUGAAAAGAAUUAAGCAGAGCAGUCAGGAUCUAUAUUGAGUGUUAUCUGCUCUCUCUUUGCAGCUGCAAAACCCAAAGGUUCACAAAGUAACGGAGAUUCUAAACAGGAAAAGAAGCAGCUAUUAUCCUGGCUUUAAGCAGCUCACCUUAAAAGUUGAAGAAGGUAUGAGGCUUUAUAUGCAUGUAAAUCUCUUAAAUAUUUCUAACCUACGGUACUUGGAGGGCACCUUAAAAAUUACAGGGGAGGGAAUUCCAAAGGGUGGGAGCCACAACACUUAAGGCCCAACUCCUAUAGUGUGUGGGAUGGGUGCCCUAAUAAGAUGGUAUCUGCAUUCUUUGUCCUUGAGAGGCUGUCCUUGAGGAGAAUAAGAACAAAUAAACUGUAGUUACAACAAAUAUCCAUGCCCAAAUGUCAAAUGUGGCUCUCUCUGGAGAGCAGUUGAGCCGCCACAUUUAUACCAGCUGCAUCUUCUCAAGGACAGUCUCCUCAAGGACAGCCUCUCAAGGACAAAGAAUGCAGAUACCAUCUUAUUAGGGCACCCAUCCCACACACUAUAGGAGUAUCAGCUGGAGACUCUUCUUUUCCUAUCUCUGCAGCUGUGAUGUCCUUGGUGAUCUGGGCGCUGUUAGGCAGCUGAAUGUGCAUAAGUACUGGAUCCCUAAUAAGAUGGUAUCUGCCUGCAGACCACCUGGGAUGCAGGUGGUGCUGUAGUCCAAACCACUGAGCCUCUUGGGCUUGCUGAUCAGGAGGUUGGCGGUUCAAAUCCCUGUGAUGGGAUGAGCUCCCGUUGCUCUGUCCCAGCUCCUGCGAACCUAGCAGUUUGAAAGCAUGCCAGUGCAAGUAGAUAAAUAGGUACCGCUGUGGCAGGAAGGUAAAUGGCGUUUCCAUGCGCUCUGGCUUCUGUUGUGCGAGAAGUGGUUUAGUCCUGCUGGCCACAUGACCUGGAAAGCUGUCUGUGGACAAACGCCGGCUGCCUCGGCCUGAAAGCAAGAUGAGUCGCCUUUGACUGGACUUAACAGUCCAGGGGUCCUUUACCCUUACCUUACCUAAGGCAUGAGGCAAUCUUCCAGGUAACCUAGUCAAACGUUGUACAGUGCUGAACAUGAAAACCAGCACUUUGAACUUAGCUUGUUAGCAAAUUGGCAGCAAGUGCAAUUCUUUCAACAGUGAGUGGACUAACAUAUUGGUGGUACGCUGCUCCAGAGAGCAGUUGAGCCGCCACAUUUAUACCAGCUGCAUCUUCUCAAGGACAGUCUCCUCAAGGACAGCCUCUCAAGGACAAAGAAUGCAGUGCAGUUAUCCCAUCUGGAGGUUUACUAGCUUGCAGGGACAGAGGAAGGGGGGUGCAGUGGUGCGGGCAGCCCCGUGUGUCACCUCUGAGGGGGGUGACAAAAUGGCGGGCAGCACUCACCGUGGGGCCUGCAGCAUGCCCGAGCCACACGUCUCUCCUGGGAGAGACGUAGUGGCUUGGGUGCGCGCAGGCUCCGCGUUGCCCAAACAGUCUGCCCACUGCCUCCCCCUCAGCUGUAGGGCGGCUGAGAGGGAGGAGGCAGGCUGACUUCUCGGAGGCCCCACGGAGCGGCCUGCCCCAUCUGGCCCUGCCCCACGGGUGGCUGGUGCUGGGCACGCGCACUGUCGCAGGUGCCCGAUCAGCUUACAGUGGUACCUCGGGUUAAGUACUUACCGUAAUUCGUUCCGGAGGUCUGUUCUUAACCUGAAGCACCACUUUAUCUAAUGGGGCCUCCUGCUGCUGCUGCACCACCGGAGCACAAUUUCUGUUCUCAUCCUGAAGCAAAGUUCUCAACCUGAAGCACUAUUUCUGGGUUAGUGGAGUCUGUAACCUGAAGCGUAUGUAACCUGAAGCAUAUGUAACCCGAGGUACCACUGUACUCCACUGCUGCUGGCUCGUGGACAACAGUUGUCUGGUUAUCCCAGUCCAGAAAUGGCCAUAGCAAUCUUACCAGUCAAAGCUGGUCAAAAGUACUCUGAGCCACCGAGGUUACUACAUCACCAUCAUUUGUACCCUGCCCAUCUGAAUGGGUUGCCCCAGCCACUCUGGGUGGCUUCCAGCAUUUAGAAAAACAUAAUAAAACAGUAGAAACUGCCUUCAGAUGUCUUCUUAAGUUACUUAUCUCCUUGACAUCUGAUGGGAAUAUUACUAUUAAUUUUGCUUUGAUUAAUCAGGCAAUAAAUGUGUUUAGUUUAACACACUACCUCAAACAGUAACAGGGUGAUGACAAGCAUAGUGCACACAGACUUGGGUUGGAUCUGGCAAGCUUCGCUUUGUAGAAGAGCUUAAGAUCUAGCGAAGGUUCACACAGGUGGAAGUGAUUCCCCCCCAUUCCCUGGACAAACUUACUGCUGGAAGUAGAUGAUAGGAACUUGCUUCACCUGUGAUCCUGAGGAGAGAGAAGAGAGCAGGGGAGAAGUGGCAGGAGAGACCUGUUCAGGAGGGGUGGACUGGGUGUAUUGGAGUGCGGUGAGUUUGAUUAUUAUUGGUUGUUGACUGCUGUUCUUGCAAUUGGUGUGUUCAAUGAUCACUGGCUGUUGUGUGUAAGGAGCACAAGUAAACCCUGCUGAAGCUGUAACGGUUGUGUGGGUGGUUGAUGAAAGUGAAAGACUGUUAAAAUAGUUGCCUGGAGGGUGUAAGUUUUUGAGAACUUGAUUUAUGUCUAUUAAGGUGUGUGUACCUCUGGGUUUCUGUAUCUCCCCCAUCCUAAUCUCUCUAACCCAGGGGUCAGCACACUUUUUCAGUAGGGGGCCGGUCCACUGUCCCUCAGACCUUGUGGGGGGCCGGACUAUAUUUUGAAGAAAAAAAAUGAACGAAUUCCUAUGCCCCACAAAUAACGCGGAGAUACAUUUUAAAUAAAAUGGCACAUUCUACUCUUGUAAAAACACGCUGAUUCCCGGACCGUCCGCGGGCCGGAUUUAGAAGGCGAUUGGGCCGAAUCCUGCCCCCAGGCCUUAGUUUGCCUACCCAUGCUCUAUACUUUAGAAUAGGCAUAGGCAAACUCGGCCCUCCAGAUGUUUUGAGACUACAAUUCCCAUCAUCCCUGACCACUGGUCCUGUUAGCUAGGGAUGAUGGUAUUUGUAGUCCCAAAACAUCUGGAGGGCCGAGUUUGCCUAUGCCUGCCUUAGAAUUGUAUAUUGUGAUUAUUAUUGUUACAUCUGUUGAUACUGUGUAGUAUUGUGCAUCUAUGUUCUUGAGUUUUCUUUUCUCUUUAAAAAUGGUUAAAAUUGUGUUUAUUCUAUAUUUAUGUACCUGGAUGAUGUCUUAAAAUGUAAACUGUUGAUGAUAAGUGGCUAUAAAAUGACGAUGAUGAAGUUGAAAGUAUUUUAAACUAUUUUCAGCGGUUUCUGAAGCUCAAGAUAUUUGCCUAUAUCUGGGCCCUUUGAAAUGCUAUAUUGCCUACUUGGAAGAAUCCAGCUUCUCCAAUAUUGAACGUCUCAUUGCUCCCCUUUUCCAUACCAUCUGUCUGAUCUGGACCCAUUCCAAAUACUACUGCUUCGCCAACAGAAUUGUUGUCCUGCUACAGGAGUUUUGCAAUCUUCUAAUUGACAGGGUAAGGAAAAUGUACUUUACACGUUUCAGUUAGCAAGUUAUAUGUUUCUUUGAUAAAGGAUUUAAAUACUGACAUCUGCCAUAUUAAGUUGCACUUUAUGGGUCCCAGUUAGUGUGCACAAACUAUUUAAUCAUAUUCUCUUUGCUGGUCCAAGUUGUGCUUUGCCUCGCUGAAAAGCCAACAUUGCUUUUUCAAAAGAAUGCUUGUAUCGCCUGCCAAUAUAUCACUUUUGUGCGUUUAGUAUUGGAAUGCUUUCAUUAAAGUAGCUUGUCUAUUCUUGCGGCACAGGUGGUUGGGAAUCUAGUAAUCUGACUUGAUUUUUUUUUAAAAAGAAGUUCAUGAUAAUAAAAGAUAAAUAACAAGAUAAAUGCACAGGUGUAAAAAUGUUAAACUCCAUAGAGAGAUUUACGAUCAAGAUUUUCAAGUGUGACAAAUGAUUUUGGGUAACUUUGAUGGAUAAAAUCCAAUAGGGUCCUAGCAAGUCAACUAGCCAACUGCCUGCAAUGAGCAAAAGCCAAUAGAUUUAACCUCUGCUCUUUUUGGAAUACCAAUUUUACAUUACAAAAUUGGAGUUUGAAAGUUGGGUGCCAUUCUCUCACUCUAGGUUAUAAGUAGUCUUUUGGGUUUUCUAUUAUUAGAUCUCUUCUCCUGCUGUGCACAGUGAAAGCAGCAAUCCCUCUUGCUGUUCUGGCUUCUGUGAUAGCUGUGCAGCCUGCAUUCGCUCCAUAAGACGCACACACAUUUUCCCUUACUUUUUAGGAGGGAAAAAGUGAGUCUUAUAGAGCAAAAAAUAUGGUAGAUCUUUUCACUUUGCCUAAUGCAGAGAGACCUCAGAGUAUGCAUCCAUAUACACAGUUUGGGGUGUGUGUAUCUGUGUGUAUCGUAUCCUAUUUAUCUACUUGCACCCGGGGGUGCUUUCGAACUGCUAGGUUGGCAGGCGCUGGGACCGAACGACGGGCGCGCACCCCGCCACGGGGAUUCGAACUGCCGACCAUACGAUCGGCAAGUCCUAGGCGCUGAGGUUUUACCCACAGCGCCACCCGCGUCCCUUCUGUGUAUAUAUACCUGCACACAAUUUUAUUAUCAAUUUAUUAAUUUAUAUGCUGCCCAACUGACUGGGUUUAUACCACUUAAUAGAAACAAACCUCUAGGCUUACAUAAUAACAUUAAGAACGCAACAAUAACAUUGAGUAAAAUUUCCUUAAAAUGACAUAAAAUCGGGGGGUGUUAAAAAAUGUAAAGGUAAAGGAUCCCUGGACAGUUGUGGCGACUAUGGGGUGUGGCACUCAUCUCGCUUUCAGGCCGAGGCAGCCAAUGUUUGUCCACAGAUAGCUUUCCAGGUCAUGUGGCCAGAAUGACUAAACUGCUUCUGGUGCAAUGGGACACCGUGACAAGUGCCAGAGCACACGGAAACGCCGUUUACCUUCCCACCUCAGCGGUACCUAUUUACCUACUUGCACUGAUGUGCUUUCGAACUUCUAGGUUGGCAGGAGCUGGAAAAGAGCAAUGGGAGCUCGGACUUCCGGGUUGGCGCCUCUGGCAAUGACGGAUUUCCUCUGAUCGGGAGGAACCCGCUCCGUGAAAAACAGGGUCUGAACCGCCACGGCGAGGCGGAGACCCAUUAAAAACCACAGGCGGGAGAAGCCUGUGGACGUGGGAUUCGGCUGGCACCUUUGCGCCUCCCCUACCCGCGGGGAAACCCUGUUUUGGGGAUCCGGAGCGAUGUGGGGUGAGUGGCACGGUGCUUUGAAUCGACUGCUUCUUUCACGGAGUGAAGCCGUAUUGCUGUUGCCGGAGAGCGCUGACUUUUUCCUGUGGACAAUUGGACUUUUAACAACUACUCGUGAGUAAAACGGAAAAUUGGAUUUUUAAAUACUUCAAUUUGGCACUGAAACGGGAAGGUUAUAAACAGGAAGUCCGCCUCCCAUUUUUGUAAAUAGACGGAAGCAAAGACGUUACAAGUAAAGCCUUUGAAAGCUUUUGGCAAAGGAUCAAAUUUCCACCGGUUUAAAGUUACAAAACCCCCUUUGGAAGCAGGAGAAGAGGGGGAAAUUUUGGAUCUAGUGAGCCUGCAGGAGAGAGUGAAAAAACCAAAUUACCACUGCUCUGAACCUGGGAACGGGCUGCCAGAUGACGUUUGGAGAGAGUGCUUUUGACAGAACGGAUUUGACAGCUAGCUAAACAAGAGUAAGAUACUGUUUCCAUUUUCCCUUUCUGCGUUUACACAAAAAGAGGAAAAGUAACUGAAAUUUUAUCUUUAAUGUUUGAAAUUGUGCUUGAAAGAACUGAUACAAGUGGAGACUGUUUCCCUCUAGAGGGAGCUUUUGAAACUGUAACAGGACUGUAACUGGGGAAUUUCCAGCUGCAGAAAAGGAGUUUGGGAACCAGAGAGUGACCUUGGACUAUUUAAAAAUGUUGACAGGAGAGGCCAUUGUGACUGUUUUAUGUAAGAUAAGCUGUUCGCUGGGACAGCUUCACAAGAAGAUGGAUGAUAUGACUCUCAAAGUUGAUAAUUUGGAACAGAAAGUGACCAACUUGAGUCAAAAAGCGAACACUAACACAGAAAUAAUUCAGUACUUGGUACAGGAACCCAUUUUGGCAGGUCAAAUGGUGGAGGAGAAGGAGAAUGCAGCUGUUGUUCCACAUAAAAUAAUACAAGUGAGAUCUGUGGAUUUACAGAAGCAAAUUGGAGAUUAUAAAUUGAGGCCUUCUAUGAUUGAAUCCAGGAAAAGCCAGACUCCGAGGAAUGGAUCCCGGUUUGGAUUAAAGAAGGAAAGUUGGACAGAGCCCUCUAUGCAGGGAUUAACUGAUUUUUGGGACAUGGACUCGGGCCUGGAGGAGACUGAAGUUUUGGGGGCCUUUGGAAUUGGAGGAAUUUUGAAAUAUACCCGGAAACACCUUAUGGACUGUAGUUUUAACUAUGGAAAUUCAGCUGAUCUGUUAAGAAGGAAGAAAAGGAUUGACAGGUUGGAAUUUCCCCGAGAUUGGCUCUUUAGCAUUAAAGAAAAUGAGGAAGACCUGCAGAAGGGACUUGGAAAAGAGUUAAGAGCCUCGGACAUAAGAUCACCAGGUUGAUGGACUUUAUGGAAUUGACGGAAAGGAUUGGCAGAAUCCGAAACCUGGGAGAGGAGAUGGUGGAAGAAGAUUGGAAAAUUUAAAGUUUUUUAUAUAGACUUAUGGCAAAACUAAUGAGUGAUAGAAAAAUGGUGGAAUGGUUUUUUUAUUUUUAUUUUUUUAUGGGCUUAACAGAAAUGUUAUAAGGAGUUAAGCACAUAUAAGUAAUUUAGUUUUAAUGGAAAAUAAGGUUAAAAUAAUACGUUAUUUACAAUAUCACAGAAAAUGGAGAAAGAUGGAAAGGAUUUGCUGAAACAAUUAAUAGAAGCGGAACACAAAAAGGGAGGUGUGGGGAGGUCGAGGAAACAAGGGAACGAAAGAUAGAGUAUGGAAAAGAGAGGAUGUAUGUUUUUAAAUUGUUUUUGUUUUGGGGAGUGGGGCUUGUCUCGUUUAGCUUAAUAUGUUUAGUUUUGAGUUUAGGUUGUGUUUUGUAUUGUUUAUAUAUUGUAUUCUAUUGUGUUUCUUUUUCUUUCUCUCUCUCUGUUUUUUCUUUCUUUGCUUUUUCUUUUGUUUUUUCUCUUUUGCUUUUUUUCCUCUCUUUUUGUGAUCUAUAAAAGUAAUAAAUAUUAUUUUCUUUUAAAAAAAGAGCAACGGGAGCUCACCUUGUCAUGCAGAUUCAAACUGCUUACCUUUCGAUCAGCAAGCCCAAGAGGUUCAGUGGUUUAGACCACAACACCACCUAUGUCCCUUACAUAAAAUAACAUAGGGGACAAAUCAAAUAUAAGGGGUGGGGAGAACAAAGCAAAAAUGAUAUAUUUCAAAUAAAACUCAGCAGUGAUCAAAACAGCGAAAUAAAAAUUAAGGGUUCUGGAAAGGCCAUUACUGUCUCCACCUCACAAAUUACCUGUGGGAUGGAUGCAUUCCAGAGGAUGGGUGCUAUCGCUGUGAAGUUACCAGUGUAUGGACCGUUUUGGCAAGGCUAUUUUUGUUCAGGAGCAGUCAUGGUUGGCAAACCAACUGAAGUUGGUAGUGAGUAUGUGCAGACCAGAGAUUGACCAAAUGAUACCCUAAAGAUGCUGUUGGACUGCAUCUCCCAUCAUCCCUCACAGCUGCUCAUGCUUUCUGGGGCAGCUGGGAGUUGUAGUUAUGGAACCAUAGAAUUGUAGAGGAGGCAACAUCUGGAGAGCCAAAGGUUUCCCUCACCUGAUCUAUGACUACCCUGAUAUAUAUUUAUAUCUCUGAGUGUUUGUAUCUCUAGCUAUCGUCUAAAAAGUCAAGAAUCUCAGAAGAAUGUAGCAUAGAGCAAAGAAAACAAUUUUUUGAAGUUAUAAAUAAUUGUAAGGUAAAGGUAAAGGGACCCCUGACCAUUAGGUCCAGUCAUGGCCGACUCUGGGGUUGCGGCGCUCAUCUCGCUUUAUUGGCUGAGGGAGCCGGUGAAAAGCUUCCGGGUCAUGUGGCCAGCAUGACUAAGCCGCUUCUGGUGAACCAGAGCAGCGCACAGAAACGCUGUUUACCUUCCCGCCGGAGCGGUACCUAUUUAUCUACUUGCACUCUGACAUGCUUUCGAACGGCUAGGUUGGCAGGAGCAGGGACCGAGCAACGGGAACUCACCCCGUUGCGGGGAUUCGAACUGCUGACCUUCUGAUUGGCAAGUCCUAGGCUCUGUGGUUUAACCCACAGCGCCACCCGCGUCCUAUAAAUAAUUGUACAGUUGCGGAUAAUAUGAGCAUAUCUUGCCAUGCACCUGGCUGCAUCAAGCUCUUGUAAGAAAUGCACAGAUUCAAGUAUACGGAACCACAAUAACCAGAGAGUUUUAAAGAGAUGGUUAUCCAAUAUAUUGAUUUAUGCCUAGUGCCUUCAUUGAGUUCAUUAUGUGAUCCACAGUAAAUAAUGUAAAUGCAAACUACAUAGCAUUGGGGUGGGGGUGGGGACACACAUUAUUAUGAGAUCCACAAAUAAAGCAGUGAUAAAUGGUAUAUGAUUUGGAGGGUCAUUUAUAAAUUCAUUGUGUUUUAUGUGGAGUCCAAUAUUGAUCCUUUUUUUAAAAAAUGGAGAAGUUUAUGUGUAUGCCUCCAUGUGCGCUCCCAUCUUUCUCUUUCUUAAACACACACACACACACACACACACUCACUUACACACUUGUUUCCAGGCUGUUCUGAACCAUCCGUUUCAUGUGCUCCAUCACUUAAUAAAUGCACAGAGCAACACUGGCCUCUUCAAUUGCAUAGAUAUCUCUGGCUCAGAAUUUCAUAUAGUUAACAUUGUUAUGAUAUUAUAUCAGAGGUGUUCAAGACCCACAAGUGAGGUGAGCAGGUGCGAAAAAGCCAACAGCAAUGGUAGAAGUUUGCCUUCCAAUCAAUGGCAAGCAACCCAUUUCCCCAUCAACCUGAUAUGUAAUAUUACAUUUAUAUACCAUUUGUAAGGUGUAGGCAACCACUCAAAGUAAUAAUAAUAAUAAUUUAUUUAUACCCCGCCCAUCUGGCUGGGUUUCCCCAGCCACUCUGGGCACCUUCCAACAAAAUAUUAAAAUACAAAUACAAGCAGUUUGCGGUGGCAAUUAAUUAAUUAAUUAAUUAGUUAAUUAAAAUAAUAAAAAUAAUUUUAUUAUUUUUACCCCACCCAUUUGACUGGGUUGCCCCAGCCACUCUGGGUGGUUUCCAAUGCAUAUGAAAACGUAAUUUAAAAAAAAAACACUUUGAAAGGCUUCCCUAUACAGUGGUGCCUCUGGAUAUGAACAGGAUCCGUUCCGGAGCCCCGUUCGCAUCAUGAAGUGAAUGCAACCCGCGUCUGCGCGUGCGUGGGUCGCGAUUUGCCGCUUCUGUGCAUGGAUGUGACGUCAUUUUGAGCAUCUGUGUGAGCGGCAAAACCCGGAAGUAACACGUUCCGUUACUUCCGGGUCGCCGUGGAGCGCAACCCGAAAAUGCUCAACCUGAGGCAACUUCAACCCGAGGUAUGACUGUACAGGAAUGCCUUCAGAUGUCUUCUAAUGGUUACCGUAUUUUUCGCUCUAUAAGACGCACCAGACCACAAGACGCACCUAGUUUUUGGAGGAGGAAAACAAGAAAAAAAAAUUCUGAAUCUCAGAAGCCAGAACAACAAGAGGGAUCGCUGCGCAGUGAAGCAGCAAUCCCUCUUGCUGUUCUGGCUUCUGGGAUAGCUGUGCAGCCUGCAUUCCCUCCAUAAGACGCACACACAUUUCCCCUUACUUUUUAGGAGGGAAAAAGUGAGUCUUAUAGAGCAAAAAUUACGGUAAAUGGUUAACUCAUCUCCUUGAGAUCCAAUGGGAGGACAUUCCACAGGGUGGGUGCCACUACUGAGAAGGCUCUCUAUGUAGUUCCCUUUAGCUUCACUUCUCGCAUUGAGGGAACCGCCAGAAGGCUCAGAGGUGGACCUCAGUGUCCGGGCUGAACAAUGAGGGUCCUUCGGGUAUACAGGGCCAAGGCCAUUUAGGGCUUUAGAAGUUAGCACCAAUAUUUUGAAUUCUAUACAUACACACACAAAUACACAUAUAUACACAUGCAAUAAAAAUGAGCAACAGAGAGAGCUUCUAUAAAAGCCAGGUAAAAGCCAGGUGUUAUUUUUUAAAAAAUAGAUACGGUCUCAUAGGAACCUCUCUUUGCAAUUGGAGGCACUAUGCAGAGGGGAAAAUAAAAUAGGGAGUGGGGAAGGGAACUUGUAAAACUAUCCUCAUUUCUUCCCUCCAUUGCCUUUUGGGUUGGCUUUGUCUUCUGUGUGAUUGCAUACGAAACUGCAAACUUCUUAAAACUAAUGAACAACAGGAGAGGGCAGGCUUAAACUGACAGAAAGCAGGGAAGCCAAGCUAGCUGCGAGUCUGAAACUGCUCUUAAGUCCCUGCGUGCACAGGAAACGCAGCACAUAUGGAAUGCAAAAUUAUCCAGUGUUCAGAAUCCCUGCUGUAUCUUGGCAUUGCAGAGCCAGAGAAGAAGAGCCAUUCAAAUUUAACCCUCGACUGCCUGCAUAGUGUUGUCGAUGCCAAGCAGCUGAGACUUGCAUCAAAUGGCAUUCAGCAUUAGAAUUGUUGCUGAUUGCUGUGUUUCUCCCCUCUUUUUAGGGAAACAAUUUAGCUCCUUUGCUAUUCUUGGUAGCAGAUCAAUGCCAUGAAAGUUCUCGACAGAGGAGAAAUAAGUAGAUAAAGAGGGUGUGUUGUGAACAUCAUGUACAAUAAUAAAACUUUAAGCAGGGGUAUUCCCGGAGGAAACUGCUAACAUUUUGCAGCCAUCCUGUUUCAGAGACAAUUGAUGUUAUGAAGUGUGUGUGUGUGUGAACAUCUAUGCUAAGAAGAUGACAGGCAUGGCAAUCGGUUUGCAACAAACUGACGAAUGGUGUCAUGGGUGGACGUCCGUAUGUAGCUAAGGCAAUAUUAGCUCUGUGCCCUUUCACCCUCAAUAAAGGGGACACGGGUGGUGCUGUGGUCUAAACCACUGAGCCUCUUGGGCUUGCCGAUCAGAAGGUCCAGUGGUUUGAAUCCCUGCGACGGGGUGAGCUUGUUGGGAUUACACUCCUCCCGAGCUGCAGAUGUGUGGGAUUAUUGCAUGUCACCUGUCUGUUUACAUUCCAGCACAGAUUGUUGGAGUCCAUGAGCAGAACUUCUGCUCUGUGUUGCUUUUGUUUUUAGUCUCUUUCCGAGGAGAUGGCAAGGAGAGAUGCCAUGUUUUUUUUGUCCUAAUUUAUGUAUAAUAAAUGCGUAGUUUAGUAUGUGUCCAUGCCUCAAGCUUCAUCUGUUGCACAGUUUACACUGCUGAGUAAUGUGUGCUCAAGCCUGCUCAGCUUGAGUCACAGACGCACAUCGGAGGAGCAGAGGUUGAUGGAUCUCCACAGCGGCAAGGCUGAGAGGGAGACUCUCCAGCUGGGGCUGAGCCAGCUGGCUUUUUGUCCCCCGAUUCUGACAGAGCUCCCGUUGCUCUGUCCUAGCUCCUGCCAACCUAGCAGUUUGAAAGCACGCCAGUGCAAGUAGAUAAAUAGAUACCGCUGCGGCGGGAAGGUAAAUGGCAUCUCUGUGUGCUCUGGUUUCCUUCACAGUGUUCUGUUGUGCCAGAAAUGGUUUAGUCAUGCUGGUCACAUGACCCAGAAAGCUGUCUGUGGACAAACACUGGCUCCCUCGGCUUGAAAGGCGAGAUGAGCGCCGCAACCCCCAUAGUUGCCUUUGACUGGACUUAACCGUCCAGGGGUCCUUUAUCUUUUACCUUUAAUUUGCCCUCAAGCAGUCAUUGGACUCCAAUUCCAUCAUCCUCAGCCACUAUGGCCAAUGGCCAGGGAUGAUGGGAACUGGCGGCCAGCAGUAUCUGGAGGGAGGGUGGGCCCUGGUGCCGCUCACUUCUGCUGUAUAGAGUUAACUACUAUGGGGUGUUAGGGGAGGGGUAGUGCCUCUCUUGGGGGACAUAGUGUUCUCCUUCUGGGGUAGUCUGUCCACCUUUGGUGCUCACCCUGCUCUCAGCUCUCACCUGUGGCUCCUGGAAACUGUCAGCAUGCAACAGCCACCACACCCCUGGAAACUGCUUCAACUGGCUGAAUAAACCAGGUGAGGAUAGCUGAUGGGUCUCAAACCCACAGCGAGCUGCAUGCCAAGACAGGUGGGUUGAGCAGACAAGACCAACAGUGGGUCGGUCCUAUCGUCAAGAAGGCAGUUUCUGCAUAUGCUGCAGAGGGGAGUGAAGGGCAGAUGGGGCUCAUCAGCCUGGGAUGGUAACCCAUCUAAGGAGAAGGGAAACCUCCAACCCUAAACCUUCGCUGCCUUGUACUCCUGCUUCUGGCAACUCCUGCAGCCAAGCUGAUGCCAAACAUAUUGGCCUGCUGUCCUUUGGACCAUAUGAGCAAGGCUGAGAUGGGGGAGUUGUCCGUGUCAGUUUGCAUUUCUUAGUACAGAAAGUACUGGUCUGAUGUGUAUACAGAAAGUAUUGAUCUGAUCUUUCCUAUUGCUGAAUUCAAGAGUGUUCUGGAAAGUUUUCUUUCUAUGUGAAAGAAACAGGCAGAAGGUUCUUGUUUGGGUUAUUUCUUCUGAGAAGCUAAGUACAGCUGGUUUAAACUGGUUCUGUUAUCUUUCUGUCAAGAUCAUGCUGAUUAUAAUAGUAAGGUCAGAAGGAGCCUGAACUUACUUUUCUCUAUGCUAUAGUGUUAAGAUUUAGUUUUAUUAUAAGUCAUUGUAAGUUUUAUUGUAAGUGCUGCAACUGGAUUUUUAUCGAUUGUGCCAAUCCUGAAUGUAUUGGAUUUGUGACUAUUAUGCUCAUUUGCCUUCAGUAGCAGUAAAGCUCUGCUGGAUGAAGUACAAUUGCCUCUGGUCUAUUUUUUGGGAACUCUGCAUUGUGUUCAAGUCCUCCCCCCCAGAGGGGCACAACAGUCUGGGCUUCCCAGGACCUCCAUACACACUGCCCAAGCUUGUGUCUUGGAGAUGUCCCUUUGGUGCUGCUUAUACAGCUCACCCCUGGAGGCGCACUCCAUUGUCACUUAAGACAACAACAGUUAUUGGGAAGACUGGAGGCAAAAAAUUCUAUUCUAUUGCAAAAAUAGAAAUGGCUAGAAAUCUUGCGUUCAUCUUUGAAGGCCAUCAUCUGACAUCAAUGUGCCAACACCCAGAUGGAGCUCCUGUUCCAAUGAAUGGGAGCGCUGAAUUAGCAGAUUCUGUAUUGAAAUGACUGGAAACUGCUUUAAAGGCAGGGGAGCUCAGAGCAUGCACCGGAGCCAUUCUGCCUGUAGCACACCAUUAGAUCAAAGGGUCUGGUUCACAUUCCUGUACUCCUGCAAAAAUCCCCAUUCGUUUCAACUAGUGCCUUCACAUGGCGUCACCGUAAUUUGUAUAAACUGGAGCAGCCUGGAGAAGCGCCCCCAGGAUCAUGUAAAUGGAAGAAGCCACAAAUAUACCGACUCUUAACUCGUCAUCAUUGGCAGCAUCUCUCCGAAUGAAUUUUGGCUCUGUCUUGAGCGCGCAUCUGGAGGUUGCAAGCCUAUCAAUAGCCCUGUGUACUCCCAAGGCACUUGCUUGUGUGGGUCCUGCUAUGAUUCAUUGCGAACUGGUCCCAGCUGUGAUUUAGCAGGUGCUGUUGCUGCAUGACCUCCAUCGCUUGGAGUAGCAUACAAGGGCUAUGCCUCAGGGUUGCAUGUCCUGUUUUUCACCCGCAGUACAGAUUCGGCAAGAGUUGUCAUUUAAAUAAAUGAGAAGGUGGGUGGGUGGGAGAGAGGGGAGGACUGUGCAAAUGGAAUUCUGCUCAUCCUCCUUUGGAUCCAAGCCAAUUGACUCUCUUUGCUUCAGAACUAUUGUUUUUACUCAUGCAAAUUUGAUUGAUUGAUUGAUUGAUUGAUUGACUGAAACUCAUACAAUGAGUCAACUAAGAUUUAUUUAAUCAUCUGACAGCUCUAGUUAAAAGGGGUCCUAUCAUAUGCAAAUACAAGGCAAUCAACUGGGAUAAUGAAAUUCUGGCCAGACUAGUUGAUUAUUGCACAAUAAUUAGACAUAUGCACUCACUUCUUAAAUAAAUGAAAAAUGAAACAAAUGACCCCAUUUGUUUGUUUUAGCAGUGAAAAUGAAAAAGAAUUCAAAUGAAAAAUUAAUUUGUUUCUUACUUGUUUUGUUAUUUUCACAUACUUUUCCAGUGGAAUAAUAAUUUAAAAAAAACACACACACCCUGAAAAUAUCCUGGAAAAGGCUGUACAGUUCACCAAAAGGUUACUGGGAGGGAGGAACGCAGUGUGAUUUAGCUUACUUUUUACUUAUGAAAUGAUCUGUAAACAACAACCCACAAGAAAAGUCAAGGCAGUAGGUAAUAAAAUCAUUAAAAUAUUAUAAAAUUAUAAAAUUGACAGCUAUUGUUAUUAUUAGUCAUUAAAAUUCUAUACUGUUCUUCAUCCAAAGACCACAGAAUGGCUUACAAUAUAAAAAUGCAAAAAUACAUACCAUAAAACAAACAAAAGCCAAUAAGUCCCCCCUCCCCGCAGUUUGACAGGCCAUAGACUGUUUAAUUAACCAAAGGCCUGGAAGAAGAGGAAUGUUUUUCCUUGGUGCCUAAAGAUACAUAAUGAAGGUGUCAGGCGAGUUUCCUUGGGGAGAGCAUUCCACAAGUGGGGAGCCACCACAGAAAAGGCCUGCACUUGGCUUGCCUGCCUCCAAACCUUUCAUGGAGGAGGCACAUGAAGAAGCUUCUCAGAUGAUGAUUGCAGAGUUUGGGGCGGUUUUUUGGGGGGAGAGGCUGUCCUUGAGGUAUUGUGGUCCUGAGCAGUUUAAGACUUUACAGGUCGAAACCAGCACUUUGAAUUGGGCCCAGAAACCGUCGGCAGCCAGUCCAGUCAGACUAGGAUUGGUGUUGUAUGCUUAAACUGUCUUGCCCCAGUGAGCAACCAGGCCACCAAAUUCUUCACCAGCUGAAGUUUCUGAACCAUCUUGAGAGGCAGCCCCAUGUGUAAGGUGUUGUAGCAAUGUAACCUAGAGGUCUGCAGACCAUACACCACAUAAGUUAGGCUACCCCUGUCCAGACAUUGGCGCAGCUGGGCCACCAGCCAAAACUGAUGAGUUGUAGUCUAGCAACAUGUUUCCCAUGACUGGUCUAGAAGGUAGCAGAAUGCUUAAGAUUCUCAUACAAAUAGGAUAUGAAAUACAGAAGUGGAAGAGCAGCUGGAUUUCCCACUGAAAGCAACAGGAAGCUCAUUAAAAAGUGUAACCUUGGAAAUGGGAAACCUUUACCCUAUCAAGGUGAAAUUUGGCAGGUCAGAUGUUUUGGAGAGGUACUAUAAUAUCUGCAGAUGUCAUGCCAUUUGGAUGGAAAACACCAAGAUUACAGGCAGCAGAAUACUCUGCAUCUCCCAUUGAAAUAAACAGAAAAUGAAAAUGGAUGUGAAUAAUGAAAAUGAACGGGUUACUUCCAAAUUAUUUAUGACAAUGACUGCAGAGCAAACAAGUGAACAGUGAAGAAAAUGAAACAAGUGAAGUGACUAAUUUGGGAGGGGGAGCAUUUAAUUGCAUCCUUGCACAUUUCCUUUGGUGACUUUUAGUCACAAAAAAGCAUUGCCAUAAUCAUUACUGAAAUAGAAUGAUAAAUAAUUCCGGUCCACCAGAAUCUGCCCUUGUGUUUUGGGGUUAAAAGGAGGCUGGAGAAUUGUCCCAGCGGUAUAAUAUUGUGAAUGGCUGAAAUCCCAUGUUAGAUGAAGAUUUCAAAAUACAGCUUUAAAAAUAAUUUUCAUUUGCUGGAUCUUUUCUGCCGAAACAGGCUUUCUCGUUUCUAAUCCCUGAGGAGAUCUUCACGAUGGACCUGGAAGAGGGAUUGGAAAAAAUAAAGCAAACAAUACAGACCUUCAGAAUGUUCAAGAAUACAUUUUCUACGUGUCAAGAAAAGCUUGCUUGCGAUCAUAGAAAUGAUCACAGUGUGAAGCAGUGGGACUUUCCCUCUCACCUGGUGUUUUCUAGGUUGGAUAAGAUCCUUCAGAGGUUGCUGCAUAUUGAGGUAGAAUUUUUAAUGUUUAUGGUCAAUGUCCAUUUAGACUUACAAUUGGUCUUCAAAGCAUAUUUUAAAUUUCAUUUAUAGGAAAGAUUUUACUUGGUGUCACUGCUAGUUAAUCCUCUUUUCUCAGGGAUUGGAUUUACCUAGCCAAAUACUUGCUCUUAACAGCCUCCAGUGGUGGAUCUUCUCUACACAUAUUAUAUUUCCGUACCCCAUCCACAAUAUUUUGCCAUCACUUGGCACACAAAUACUGAAGUGCGUAUUUUUGUUUCUGCUUCGUUUUUUCGUUCUUUUAAGAUUUUAAAACAAUAACUUUCAUGCUACAGAACAGAGGACUUUAAGAUGCUCUGGGUACAUUUUUACAGAAAGGAGAUGUGAAACCUUUCAAUAAUAAAGAACAUAAAUGUUAAUGUACAUAAUUGAUCAUAAGAUGGUGUGUUUUUGAAUUUUCAAAAUCAAUUGUAAGGCUGGCUUAACAAAGGAUUAAAUGUUAGCAUAGGCUUGUAAACCUUAUAAGGUUUACAAAUGUUCUAUAAGUCCUAUCAGAUCCCUAACUUGUCUUUUAAUUUAAAGGAGAUUUUUACAUCAGCUACUGACUUUCUCAAGUUAGAAAAAAUUGAGAUUGGGGGCCUGAGAGGAAAGAUUCUCAGCGAGGAGAUUCACUGCAUGAAUGAAGAAUUUCAUGAAAGCUGGAAGGUCCUUCAAGAAAGUAAAUAUGACCCACUGGACUACAACAACCUGGUAAAUAUAUUGUGAAAAAGGGCUCCCUGCUCCUCCUAGGGAACACACAUGUAUAUGGAAGCAGUGUGCUUUCCCCCAACAUACGCUUUUUAACUACAUUGCAAAAUUCAAAAUAAUGUCAUCUGAAAUGCAGCUGUCCGUUGAAAUUAACAUAUUGGUUUAAGAAGUGUGUAUUAAAACGUGAGCCACAUGAUUUUCUCUCUCAUCCCUAAAACAGAGCACUGGAUUUCAGUUGCUCCCCAAUAAAUGUGUAGCCCCUUUUGCUCCUGCCACUAGAGCUGGGACAGUCCACCUUCUGCAACAACUGACCACUGCUUAGACAACUGCCUAUUCUCAUAUACAGGCACAGGAUGACCCUGGUGUCUGUAAAAACAUGUCUGAACUGAUGCCUGGGCUUACAUGAUUAUUUUGGCGUGGUGGGGCUUCAGUUGAAAGAAAUGAGUCACUCAUGCCAUCUACACAAAUAUUUGCAGCUCGUGUUAAUGCUCAUGUUUCCUAUGCAGGAAUUUCUGUCUGACUACAAAAGAUACAUUCAGCAGAUUAAUGACUUUGAUAACCGGUUGGGAACAAUACUAAAUUUUGCCUUUCAAGAGCCAAAGGGACUAGAAUCAGUUUUCAAGGUAAGCAUAUUUGUUAUAUUUGUUUUCCACUAAGGCCCACAUUUUGUAUCUUACAUUGGCAAGCGUCAGAUACUUGAGUGUAUGGUACGGUUAAGUCCGUUUUUUCCAAGCACAAAUGAUUUCAGAGGCUCUUGGUAAGAGCAGUAAGAACUGCAUUAUGGAGACAGAUUCAGCCCCUGACUUUUUAAACAGAAAAUCUGAACAUUCAACACUCUUUGUUUAUUUGUUUGUUUGUUUUUAGUUCAGCUUUAUUUUCCCAGGUCUUCUUUGCUGUUCUCCCCCACCCCACAACAAAUGUGAGAAUUAGUCUUUUCAUUAAAUGUUGAGAACCACCUUCUGUUUCCUGUUCUUUUGUAAUGUUAGGUACAAAAAGUCUGUUCUGUGUAUCCAUAGACUCUUUGUGUUACAUAGACAUCCAUUUUGAUCAGUAUGAAAUUGAACUGCUAUAAUAAGAUGACCAUUUACAAAUAGAAAAGCUGAGGCAGAAGGAGUAAGAUUUUCCAAAGUCCAGCCAGUGAGUUCAUGGCUGCCCUGGAUUUAAAGUCAGGUUCCCUAUAUCCGAAUUCAACCUUCUGCCCACUGUGAGAGAUUGUGCCCAUAUUCUUUUAAGUUUUUCAAAUAGUCAAAGACAAAAGCAAGCAGAACCAUCAUUUUUUUUAAAGCUAUGAAGAAGAGAUUUGGGGGCAUUACAAAGAAAGGAGGGCGGUGAAAUCUUAAACCAUGAGGCCCUGUGCUUUUCAAGAGUUGUAUGGGAUUUAGCCACACAAAUCCCAUUAUAGUCAAUGGGGGUUAUUUAAGUCAGUAGAAAUUGUGUGCCUGUAUCUUUUGCAAAACCUUCAAAAACCUAAAGGAAAGUGACAAUCUGUACAGUGGAGGAAACCAAAUAUAAAGUAUCGGAGAGAAGUAUUACACAUGAGAAAAUUAGGAAAAUAUCUUACAAAAUGGAAAAGCUGAUGAAAAAGAGGGGUGUGGGGUUGGGGUGGUUGAAUUGCUGAGUUAGGUAAGAAUCUGAAAGAGAAUUCAUAGGGUUUCAGAAAAUACAAUUUCAUCAAAAGCUGAAGGAAAAUGAAAAGGAAGACAGCAGGUGUAAUUGCUGUGAGGAACAGUUUCCUGCUGAGACAGGAGAGUUUUACCAUCAGCUCUGUAAGAAAACAUCCAAGCAAAUACAAUAAACAUAGAAAUAAAUGUAUCAUGAAAUCAAGAAGGUAGGACAAAAAGACUUGACAUAUGCACUGGAGAAGAGGCAGAGCAAAGGGUGAAUAGGAUGACAGUAGGAAAAGAGAAGUGAGAAAAUUACAUCUCCAUGGUGCCCCACAGGAACAGGGGAAGAGGACAAGCGAGAGGAUAAGGAUACUUAUAAUGGAACAGGAAGAGUAUAUUUAUGAACAGACUGCGGAACACAGAACAAACUACAUGAGAAAUGUGUUGUUGGAGGACAGAAAAAUGUUCCCCGAAGUUCAGUUUUCACCAAACGUAGGAGAAUGCAACUACAAAAUCAAAGUUUGA